AUGGUUAAACCGGACCAAGAAGCCAACGACGCGCGAAACCGCAGGGGCCUGCGACAGAGACGCCAGCGGCGCCGCCCGGGGACUGGGUUCUGGAGGCCGAGCAGGAACCCGUGCGUCGGCGCUUGCGGCGCUGUGAAGAGACGGCGUCCGCGCAGCUCCUCUGCCUCUGGCUCGGAGGAGCGGCGGGCUCCCCCGCCCAGCGCCGGCGUCGCCCGGGAACCCCAGACUCUGCGCAACUGGCUGCGAUUCCAAAUCCCUCAGAUCGGCUACCAGAGCGCUGCCGCCACCGAGAAAAUGGAGGCACCGAGGAACAAGCUGUGCCGCGACCAAGAGAACUCGGCUUGGCGAAAUGGCGGUGCCGGGACCCUAAGAGUGACGCCAGCCGGAGGAGUUCCCAAGGACAACAUCCAUUUUGGCGCAACCAACGGUGUUGUCACGCAGAAAAUGUCGACCCUCGGAAAAGAGAGGUUCUGCGACCGAGAAAUUCGGUGCAACAAGUGCUGUGACAGAAAACCCCCCGCUCGGCGCUGCUGGCGAAAGAGCCAACAAAACGCUGGGUGCUGCCACCGUGACACCGACUUUAGGACCCCGGCCUCAGAUGGAGAAAGGAGGGCACGGAGCCACCACAUAACUCCCUAAUGUCUUCAAAUAGCGAAAGUGCUAGCCGGAAACUGCCGGCUGGGUUUACCUAUUGGUGCUCGUGUGUGACCAGCAGAUUCGAGAAACCAGCGGGACUGGAACCUAGUACACUUCGGCAGUUGAGAAAUGACUUACCAGGACAAAUACUGCUUCUGGCUCGAUGGUGCUGCCCAUGAACAUCCGCCGGCUCUGAGAAACGAGCUGCACUGUCAGUGAGAAACCGUGGGCACUGAGAAACGAGCGGACUGCAACUGAUAACUGCCCACCCAGUGCCACUACGACAAAGUGCUGCUGGCACUACUCCCACCCUCCGUCCUCAAAUCAGUCCCCUCUCGCCUAAGAAGACCUUUAUUUUUCAUAGCGAAGUCAUACUGAGGGCCCCAUCAACCGAUCCCUUGCGAUGCGCAUGGGAAAAGGAGGCAGUAUAGGGACCGAGAAUCGGGCGGAUUGGGCUGGCCCUGGUAACAAAGUAAAAGCCAUCCGGGUCGCCAACCGUCUUCCACUGCAAGAAACAAACCUUCCAGUGGCUGGGCUCCGCCCUUCUCCUUGGUCAGAGCCCUCCAGGCUCCUCGGGGCGAAGCCGACACCUCAGCCAUUUGGAACUUGAAGUUCUCAGUCCAAGACCUCCGUGAAGAGUGAAAGACUCAAUGCCUCCUGACCGAGGCUUCAGGCCUGCCCCGGCAGCUAGGUACCUCUCCAGGGGAUGGAACUCUGUGGGAACUGCUAUUUAAUUCUGAUGGUUAACUCUGUCAGAUGGCCUUGAUAUAUGGGAAUAAUCGUUGCAGGAGGGUAGGGGAAAUAAGAAUCGCAAGACUCUAGCACAGGACGUGUGGAUUGAUGGAAACCUGAAACUGCCAUUGAGCAGAAGGAAAACAUCCCUUUCCAGAACCUUUCUCGUUUUUCUAAAAAUCUGCACUUUUGGAAGUGAUCCCCCAAAGAGACCUCCAGACUCUACCAUGAGUGUCUCCAGCUGAACUCAUCGUGUCUAAUCCUCACCCUAGCUUAUCCUGUUCAAAUCAUUUCCAUCUUUUUCUGGAUGAACCUGGGCGGAUGUCAGACCAGAGAAGAGCACAGAAUGUACCAGAGAGGUAAGAAGACCCAUUUUGGGCUCUCACUUCUCACCCACUCCCAAGAUGGCCACCUCCAGUCUUCCCCCCUAUACCUUACCCUUUCUUCAGCUAGCCAAAACCUGCCCUGGUACUUGAGGCUUCUUCAAUUGCCUUCUUUUGCAGGCAGUAGAAUAAAGGAAAGAGGGCAGUGUCAAUAGAAGAAAAGUUACAGCCACUUUAUCUAAUUGAAGAUACUGUGCAGAGCCUUUGAAAAAACAAAAUAUCUCACCCACCAUUCCUCUCCCCGUUUCCACCCUAGCUUCCUAUUUUAGCAAAAAUGGUGGGAUCAGCACCUCUGGAGGGAAGGGGUCACUCUUCCAGGUUAGGAAUGUGGACAGGAGUUAUGGAGCUUACUUCCCUAAAGGAGGAGGCAUUCUAGUUCCGGCAUUCAGAUUCUGUCUGAUUCCAAUAUGGUGUUUGUGUGGGGUGGUCAGAGAAAGGGCAAGUCGGGAACUGUAUAUUCCUCAGCAAGAGACUAUAAGACAUUUGCAUUUGGAAAAUCAGGAGAGAUGCUGAUAUAGUUUGGCUCCGUGUCCCCACCCAAAUCUCACCUUGAAUUGUAAUAAUCCCCAUGUGUCAAGGGUGAGACCAGGUGGAGAUAAUUGAAUCAUGGGGUUGGUUUUCCCCAUGCUGUUCUCGUGUUAGUGAGUGGGUCUCACGAGAUCUGAUAGUUUUAUAAUUGCCUGGCAUUUUCCCCUGCUGGCACACAUUCUCCUGCGGCCCUCUGAAGAGGUGCCUUCCACCACGAUUGUAAGUUUCCUGAGGCCUCCCCAGCCAUGCAGAGCUUUGAGUCAAUUAAAACUUCUUUCUUUAUAAAUUACCCAGUCUUGGAUAUUUCUUCAUAGCAGUGUGGGAACAGACUAAUACAGAUGUGGUAGAGUUGGGUGCUGGGUGGCAAUGCUAAGUGUAUGCAGGUUCUAGGCACCAGAUCAAAUCUGGAAUGCAAACUGUGGGACACAAACCACAAAUGAUGCCCAGCCUUUAAUACUUUCUUUCAUUGUUUGUCAUAUAGAAGAAGAAACAAAGAAUAAAGAAAA